UAUAUCCCUCCUCUUCUCUCCAAUUCCAAUCAGUUGAAGUCAGAAAUGGGAUUGGAUUUGAUGGUCGAAAGAAACACAAGUGACCAAGAGGAGCGUGAAGAGGAAGAAGAAGAGAAGGCGGCGAAGAACCGCUACACGAAGGGAGUGAAGCAUCUACUCGAGACCGGCAUUUCUAGUGUCCCCAAAACCUACAUCUUGCCCCCACAAGAUCGGCCUCGAGUUGCCGACAAGGACCUAGAACACGGCUCCAAUUUCCGCCUUCCGGUAAUUGACAUGGCCCGGCUCCGAUCAUCGUCUGCCGCUGACCGCAUUCAAGCCCUCGAGGCCGUCGACAAGGCCUGCAAAGAAUAUGGCUUCUUUCAGGUGGUGAAUCAUGGGAUGAAUGAAGAGGGGAUGAGGAAGAUGAUGGCGGCUGGGAGGAGGUUCUUCGAGCAGGGGUUCGAGGAGAGGAAGAAGUGGAUGACGAGCGAUAUAAGGGGGAAAGUGAGGUAUGGCACCAGCUUCAACGAGAUCAAUGACACAGUGUUGUGUUGGAGGGACUUCUUGAAGCUCAAUUGCCAACCACUGCAAGAGAUGCUCCCCCUUUGUCCUUCUUCUCCCAAAGACUUGAGGGACGAGGUGGUCUCGUACGUGGAGGAAAUCCAAGUUUUGUUUUUGGAAAUCAUGGCGGUCGUUCUUGAAGCAUUGGGAGUAAGAAAGGAAGAAUCCCUGAUGGAAGAGUUUGAAGAGGGAUCUCAUAUGCUCAUUGUCAACUACUUUCCGCCUUGCCCUAAUCCGGAUCUUACACUCGGGAUGCCGCCGCACUCUGACUACGGCUUCCUUACCCUCCUCCUUCAAGACGACAUCGCUGGACUUCAAGUCUACCAUCGUGAUCGAUGGUUCACCAUCGAUCCUCUCUUCAAUUCUAUCGUUGUCAACAUCGGCGACCAUCUCGAGAUAUUUAGCAACGGAAGGUAUAAGAGCGUGUUGCACCGAGUGCUGGUGAACUCGACCAAGCCACGAAUGUCUAUUGCGUCGCUACAUAGUCUACCGUUCUCGAGCACAGUCAGGCCGGCAGCAGCGCUCAUCGACGACGCUGGCAGGGGGCGGUUGUACAAGGACACAGACUUUGCCGCCUUCCUCAACUACAUCUCCUCUCACGAUGCUAACCGCAAGAGCUUCCUGGAGACGAGGAAGUUGACUCCCAAUGGUCAACGAGGAUGACAUGUCAAGUUUGUCUACGGCGGAAGAGCAAACGAUAGUGUAAACUAAAAGUUUAAAUAGCAAGUUAGAAAGGGAAAAAACAUGGUCCGGCCGGAAAAAUACACAGGUCAGGUCGGCCUAGCUGAUGUAUAUGAAUGAAGAUUGAGUCGAUUGGAUAAAGUCGACCGAGCUGUAGUAGAAUGACCGAGAGGAGUCAGAGGACAAACCAUCAAUCUGGGAGACCAUCACAUGAGCUCUUCCAAUUCAAUGGAACAUGGUAUAAAUAUUCGAGUCUCUAGGAGAGACAAACUUUAUAUAUUAAUCGGGAGCAACACAUAGUUUGAUACGUCGAUACAUUAUCAUAAGUGCGAUAAAAUUUAAAAUUAAAGUAGAUAAA